AUGGAUUCGGAUCUUCAAAAGCAGGUGGGCCAGCUCUUCGCGGUGGGGUUCCAUGGCUGCACUCCAAGUCCUGAAAUCAAAACAUUGAUCCAUGACUACCAUGUCGGAGGCAUUGUUCUCUUCAGGCGCAAUUUUCAAGAUGCAGAACAGCUACAGGCAUUAACGUCAGCUUUACAACAUGAAGCCAAACUUGCUGGACACCAGCGGCCAUUGUUGAUCGGACUUGAUCAGGAGAAUGGUAUUGUCACUCGAAUCCCUCCCCCGAUGGCUGCCCAGGUACCGGGGCCUAUGGCACUGGGUGCUACGCAUGACCCAGAGUGUGCAUACAGUGCGGGGAAAGCCACAGGGGAAACUUUGAGUUUCUUCGGCGUCAACAUGAACUAUGCGCCAGUCUGCGAUAUCAAUUCAGAGCCUUUAAAUCCUGUCGUUGGCGUCCGCAGUCCUGGUGAUGACCCGGAAUUUGUUGGCCGGUUUGCGAGUGCGGCCGCGCGGGGUCUACGGGAACACAACGUUGUCCCGAGUGUAAAGCACUUUCCUGGACAUGGAGAUACAGCGGUUGACUCACAUUAUGGACUGCCUGUUAUUUCAAAGACAAGAGAUCAGCUGGAACGUUGUGAGCUAAUUCCAUUCAGAAGGGCGGUCGCUGAAGGCAUUGAGGCCGUCAUGACUGCCCAUAUCUCGCUGCCGUGUAUCGAUCCUAAGCGGCCUGCAACGCUAUCCCCAUCUGCUAUGGGUAUACUGCGCACUGACAUGGCUUAUGAUGGUAUGAUCAUCACAGACUGUCUGGAGAUGGAUGGGGUUCGUUCCACGUUCGGCACUGAAGAAGGCUCGGUGCUGGCAUUGUGCGCUGGUAGCGAUAGUAUCAUGAUAUGCCAUACCUUUGAUGUGCAGGUGGCUUCAAUCAAGAGGGUCUGUGAAGCAAUCAAAUCCGGCACUAUUGAUCAGUCACGGCUGGCGGACGCUUGUCGCCAUGUUGCUACCGUGAAAGACAAGUUUCUGAACUGGGAUGCUGCCCUACGGCGAUCCAAUCUCGCAGACCUAAGCUCACUCAACAACAGCAUUGCCGAGACCACAAUGGACAUAUACUCUCGAUCGACCACGCUUGUUCGUGACAAAAAUAACGUCCUCCCACUGUCAAAGACUUCAAUCAUCAUCUUUUUGUUUCCUGGAGAUAAGACUCCGGUUGGCGGUGCUGUCGAUGGCGAAGGAACAGGUAGGCAAGGUUUUUAUCAGUCCAAAAGAUAUCUGGAUGUCCUUCGGCAACACAACAAUUCCAUUGCUGAGAUCAAGUAUGGGGAGUCUGGUCUGACAUCGGAGCAAUGGCGGGCCAUUGAAGUCGCCGAUGUUGUGAUAUUCACUUCACUCAAUGCGAGGGAGUCGUCAUACCAAGAAUCGCUUGGCCUCGAGCUUGCUCAGCGUGUGAAAUCAGUGGUACAUAUUGCUAUCUGUAAUCCUUAUGACUUCCUCGAUGCACCCAGCAUCAAGACAUAUAUCACCACAUACGAGCCGACUGUCGAGGCAUUUUCAGUGGCUGCAGAUAUUAUGUUCGGAGCACUUAUUCCGACAGGUGCUCUUCCAGUGGGACCGAAUGCUUUGACCAUGACCUCUGCAGUAGUGACGCCAUUCGACGCACAAAGAGAUUUGGAUGAGAUAAUCGGCGUCUGGGCCGUGUCUCUCCCGUCCUACCCUAUUCCUACUGUAAGCCUGCGGUCUUUGAUAGUGCGUCCGCACGGCCAUCACUUCGUUGCGCGCAUGGGAUCGAAGCUAGUAGGCUUCUGUCUCGCCUAUACGAAUGCCCACGGUGCACCAAACACCGCAUACAUCGCUGUUCUUGCUGUAUCGCCAGAUUACCAACGCCAAGGUGUUGGGAUUUCCUUGCUAGAGGAAACGAGAGCAUGUUUCCGCGCAAAGUUUUCCCUCAAUACGGUGAAGCUGGGUAGUUCGUUCCCUCGCUUCUGGCCUGGGAUUCCUCGGGAUCUCCCAGAAACAGUCCAACAUUUCUUCACCCAUCGGGGCUUCCGACUCAAUCCUCCCAGUGCCCGAUCAGUUGAUCUGUACCAAGAUAUUCGUGAUUUCCAUUCCCCAGAAAAGUACGUCACUCGUGCCCGAGAACGCGGCUUCCGCUUCGCGCCCUUGAAGUCGGAGGAUUAUGAGGCCUGCCUGGUUGGCCAAAGGAGAAACUUUUCAGAUAAAGGUGGCUGGGUGGAAGCCUACGUCACGCUGCAUCCCGAUAAGUAUCCAGACUGCGUGAUGACAGCGUUCGACUCUCAAGGUCAACAAGUCGGGUGGACGCUGAUGCUUGGUCCCUCGGAUGCACUGAAUGAGGGCUGGGCUUUCCCACAAACCUGUGGUCCAAACACAGGACUGAUUGGUGCGGUAGGAAUUGACGAGGCCCACCGCAAGCACGGCAUUGGGCUGGCCAUGAUUUGCCACGCCAUCGAGAACAUGAAGCAACGCGGCAUUGAAGGCGUAUUUGUGGACUGGGUUGCAUUGGAUGGAUGGUACGAACAAGUUGGCUUUGAGACCUGGCGGAGCUACAGGCCCGGGGAGCUGUGA